GGAGCGGGGCGGAGGCGGGGCGCGUGCACGCCCCCGCGGGACCCGUGCACCUCGGCCCAGUUUGCGGACUGCAGGGAGUCGGAGCUGUGGUCUUGCUGCAGGAACCCCGCGAUCCCUCCCGCUCCCUGCCUACCUCGGCCUCGCGAUGCCGGUGGAUGUCAGUAAGUGGUCCGGGCCUUUGAGCCUGCAGGAAGUGGACGAGCGUCCGCAGCACCCGCUGCAGGUCAAAUACGCCGGCGUGGAGAUCGACGAGCUGGGCAAAGUGCUGACGCCUACCCAGGUUAAGAACCGGCCCACCACUAUCGCAUGGGAUGGCCUUGAUUCAGGUAAACUCUACACCUUGGUUAUGACAGACCCGGAUGCUCCCAGCAGGAAAGACCCCAAAUACAGGGAAUGGCACCAUUUCCUGGUGGUCAACAUGAAGGGCAAUGAUGUCAGCAGUGGCACAGUUCUCUCCGAUUAUGUGGGCUCUGGGCCUCCCAAGGGCACAGGCCUUCACCGCUAUGUCUGGCUGGUUUACGAGCAGGACAGGCCACUGAAGUGUGAUGAGCCCAUUCUCAGCAACCGAUCUGGAGACCACCGCGGCAAAUUCAAGGUGGCAUCUUUCCGCAAGAAGUACGGGCUUGGGACCCCAGUGGCUGGCACGUGUUACCAGGCUGAAUGGGAUGACUAUGUGCCCAAACUCUAUGAGCAGCUGUCUGGGAAGUAGGGAGAAACUAGGAGACAGAAACCCUCUCAGAGGUCCCAGGCAGUGUUCUCAAGUUCAGUGAUGCAUGUAGUUUCUCUUCCUCCCCAUUCCCAUUCUCUAGGUGAGACCAGAGCAGUCGGAUAGUGGUUAGGGUAACUUUUCCUUCUGACUAUACUUUGUGAUUCUAAAGUGUCACAUACCCCCGUUUAUGUGUCAUUCAAUUUGAACUCAUUUGGAGGGAUAUUUUGGGUGUUAGGAUGGGGACAUCAAAUUGUUAAUGUAAGAAGAGCAACUCAGAAUUUACAGAAAAAAAAAUUCAGAUAAAAAUACCAGGUCUAUAGUAAUAGGGCAUCAAAAAAUAGAACAUCAAAGAAUCUUUAAGGAAGUGAAAAAAAAAAUUCAUUACCUCUAUCUUUGUGAGCCUGAGUCUAGAAUUGUGCACAAUUGCAUCUUCUGGGAUGUGUUUUCAUGGCCCUUGUCUCACCAAGACAACCAGAGGUUUUGCGUGUCCACGAACACCCAGCAUGGUACAUCUUGGACUGGUUACCAGGGGUCAGUGUCCGGUUCUGUCUCCCUUAAAUAGCUAUACUGGAAAAAGCAACAGGGAGCGUCACUGUGCUGUCACGGCACAUCCGUCUAGAUGAGCUACAGGGCUGGGUGAGAGGUUGUUAGGAAUCUCUAAGUCUGUGCCUCUUAAAUUGGUCACUCUUCACUAGUAUAGGGAAAGCUGGUCUGGAGUUGCUGAAUGUUGUUAAUUCUGCUAUUUGCUUAUAGUUGAAUAAAAUAAAAAUGUUGUGUGGAUGAA